GGCGCCCGGAGACGCCCGGAAAUUUGCGGGCGCGCCGGAAGUUGUGAGGAGUUUCCUGCGAGCUCGGCUUCCUCAACAUGGCAGCGCCCUUGUCAGUGGAGGUGGAGUUCGGAGGUGGUGCGGAGCUCCUGUUUGACGGUAUUAAGAAACAUCAAGUCACUUUGCCUGGACAGGAGGAACCCUGGGACAUCCGGAACCUGCUCGUCUGGAUCAAGAAGAACUUGCUAAAAGAGCGGCCAGAGUUAUUCAUCCAGGGAGACAGCGUGCGGCCAGGAAUUCUGGUGCUGAUUAACGAUGCCGACUGGGAGCUACUGGGUGAGCUGGACUAUCAGCUUCAGGACCAGGACAGCGUCCUCUUCAUCUCCACUCUGCACGGCGGCUGAGGGCCCUUCUCUGGGCCUGGGCACCCUUAGAGGGGAGAACGAAGCAAUCAGACAUCCCCUUGGGCCCUGCUUCCAGGUCUCCCUGUCCCCCUUGCCUGUCUUCUUCCCUGCUCUGUCCCCCAAGCUCCCUCCAGGCAGGGAAAAGAGGCCAGGUGCUAAAAAUGAGCCUUUCUCAAGCACGUGAGCAGGGGAAGGCAGACAGGCACCAGAGCCCAGCACUCCCUUUUCCAGCAGCUGUGAUGGGGGAGGGUGCCCCUCUGGUUUGUCAAGAGUGGAAGGAGGCUCUGUGGCCAGGUGACCUGGCUGCCUUCCACUCCUUGUACCUCAGUCUAAACAUGGAGUGGCCGCUGACAAGGUGCUCCAGCCUCAGGGCCAGCAUCUUCAUGGGGAAGAUGAAUGGACCUGAGUAGCUGAAGGAAGGCCCCUCCCUACCCAAAGAUUGGAGGCUUCUCAGCCUCAAUUUCCCUGUCUGGACAGCUGAGGGCUUUGCCUGUCCCCCACUGCUAUCAGUAUGGAACCCCAGCUGGGGUCCCCUAUUCAGUGCUGACUCCCCCCAGCCAGCAGCUGCUCCUCCAGCCACACCCCUCCUUCUGCUCCCCCUACCCCUAGCCCUUGACCCUGGCUGGCCUGCCUCCCUCCACAGGCCACCAGAUGGGCUCCUGAGACCCUCCCCAGGCUGCUUACAGCUCAUUCUGCUGGGGGUAGAGAUGAAGGGAGGGAGUAAGUUAAACCUUGGACUAGCAGAAGCCUGGGGGGAUCUGUGUGCCUCAGUUUCCUCCUCUACAACUGAAUAUUUAUAGUGGCUGAAAACUGGGGAGAUACCUGAUGGUGCAGAUGUCCAUUUUCUCUCCCUUCCCACCUCCUGCAGGAAGCAGGAGGGGGCAGGCAGCACCUGGUAGGCAGAGUGGUUUGCUCCCCCUCCCCUUCCCUUCUGGAAGUCUUGGGGCCUCAGUGCUUGCAACAGCCGGCCUUGUGCAAAUAAAAGACUAGGUUGUUUACUAGC